UGCGACACACUACACUCGCUUGCGCCGUCCGUCUUUGUGCAAAGUUUGAUCAGCCAAAAUGUCAUCAGUUUCUCACGGGGCUCGCCGCGGCUGGCGUUCUAUGCCAAGCGCUCUGGCAGCAGUUGCGAAUCUCAAAGCGGCGCUGGAUCAGCUCGCGACGGCAGGCGGCCCGCAGGCGGGACUGAGCAGCGUCGCGACACCAUCAUCCACGGAGUCACCCCUGAACUGGGUGUUCCUAGGCCCCCCCGGCGUUGGCAAGGGCACCUACGCGUCUCGCGUUGCCAAGGCGUUUGGCGUGCCCCACAUCGCCACCGGCGACCUCAUUCGCGCCGAGAUCAAGUCUGGCAGCGAUUUCGGCGCGCAGAUGAAGAGCAUCGUCAACUCGGGCAAGCUGCUGCCGGACGAGAUGGUGCAGCAGGUGCUGCAUCAGCGGCUGGCUCAGGGGCGGCGGGACGGCGAGAAGGGGUUCAUCCUCGACGGCUUCCCACGCACCCGCGCCCAGGCUGUGGAGUUGGUCCGCAGCACGCCGUUGUCGCUGGUGCUCAACAUGAGCCUGCGCGAGGAGGUGCUGGUGGAGAAGUGCAUGGGCCGCCGGCUGUGUAAGCACUGCGGCAAGAACUACAACGUGGCCGACAUCUACCUGCCGGCCUCGCCCGACGGCAGCCGGGCCGCCAUUGUGAUGCCGCCGCUGUCGCCGCCGCCCGAGUGCGCGCCGCAUUUGGAGACGCGCGCGGACGACCGCGAGGACGUCAUCCGGCACAGGCUGGAGGUGUACAAGCAGGAGGCGACCCCGGUGGAGGACUUCUUCCGGGCCCAGGGCCUGUUGGUGGACUUUGAGAUCACCGCCGGCAUUCCCGAGACGCUGCCGCUGCUCAUGCCGCUGCUGCAGAGCUACGCGGGGGCGGGGAGACGCGCGGAUUGAGCGGGACUGAGUGGUUGUGUGUGCGUGCGUGUGUGUGUUAAAAAACGAAACGAAAGCGUGCGUGUGUGUGUGUGUGUGUGUGUGUGUUGGUUGGGGUCUUGGGGCGGGGAGUGAUUUUACCGUUCCCAGGGGAGGGGGGGGUGUCACAGGCGUUGAGACGCGGGGGGUGGUGUGCAGGGACUGUGGCUUGUUUGCCAUUGGAGGGUGGUCUGGAUGCGGGAGGUUGUCGGCAGGGGGCACUUGGGAUGUGGGCGAGGGGCAACGUGGACAGGGCCUCAGGAGGCGAUGGCAAGUCCGGACGCAGGCACACGACGGAGGCAUGCAGCCGCCAGCACACAACAGACACAUGAGUUUGGGGUGAUGAGUUUACGGUAUGUAUCCUAUGCACGCCUCAAGGUGCGGCCGUGCGGUUGGUGCUUGCGAAGGAGUAGCUGGGCUGCCGGUGUGGAGGACUGGUGACCGAAGGCCGGAAGGGCGCAGCGAGCUCGGUGAGGCCGUGGCCCGUGGGUGAGGCGUGGGGUAGCUGGGCAGGCGUCCACACCUGGUGCACUCGUGAGGCGUCGUGCCACGGCGUACCAUGAUGCGUCAAGGUGGCGCGCUUGAAGGCAUGUAGGCCAGCUACUGGUCGUUGUGGUGGUAGGCAAUGAGCUCGCAUGCAGGCCACUCGGUGACCAGAGGGGUGAAGGCGAAGGGGUGUCCGUCUGUCCGAGGCUGGUCGAGGUGGUCUGGCGGCGGAUCGUGGCAUGGGUGCGCGAUGGGAGGCAAGUAACAUUAAUAUUGAAUUUAAGCAUGAGGACACGCUGACCUGUCAAGUCCUGUCAUUACGAAGCCUUUGACUGCCAGCGACGUCGAGCUCUCAGGGUCUGAAAGAA